AUGCAGAGAACGGUACCAAGCGUUGCAAACCAAAUACCAACAAAUCGAAUGUGCGCUGCAAGACGCGCUUACCACAAACCAGGACGAUGCGUAGCCUCCUUUUCCUUCCGCUUUACGCGCAGAACACUCAACAAAGUGCAGGAACUUCGGCAGCUUCUUCGUCUUCUCGAAUCGCUCAGCACACAGCGAAACGCCAGCAAGGAGCUCCACGAUGAGGAGCUUCGCCAGCUUCGCCAGCAAGCAGAGAACAAAAAGCAGAUCGUCCAGCACGAACAGGAACAGUAUUUCAUGGUCGCGGGGAUCGAAGAAAAGGUCCAACAGAGCUUGUUGUCGCUGCUUUCCAUCUACCGAUCGCUCAACGUGGACAUUCUCAAAUCGCGCUGCUUUCUCGAGAUGAUUCCCUCCAAAGCGGAGCUGCUGUUCUUCGAGAACGAAAUCUCCAAAUUCAUCGAACUUAUCGUGGAAGGGUCCGUGCGACUUUCCCAGUACUACGAUGUGCUGAAUAGUCUGCACAGCGUUUUGGAUCCCUAUCAAUCUCACUUGAAAUUCCUCGAAUCGCUGUCGGAAACCGUCCAGAAAUCGCAGAAUUCGCUGCAUGGCGUUUCGGGAACGCUUGGCGCGGCGCUCGCCUCGGUUACGCACCAGCUCGUUGGAGUGACGCAACAGCGAAAUACGGAUUUGAAGAAGAAGAACCGAAUGUUGAAAGCAAUUCGGGAGAAUCAGGCAAUGGUGCAGGAAAAGACGCGUGUACACUCCAAAUUGAUGCACACAUUCCAUGUGGAAUGCGAGAACAACAAAGAACUGAUGAAGAGGCUCCGGGAAGUGCAGAGUCGCAGAACGAAGUUUAGAAAAUAG